AUGAGGAUUAAAAGAUCUGGUGCCAGAUGGGAAGUUACUCAGUUUGUCGAGGAGCAUACGCAUGAAUUUGUUGAGAAAUUUGCUCUGAAAAAAUUCUUGAGGUCGCACAACAAAAUUCCAAAAGAAGAGAAGAAGUUCAUUGAUUUGCUAAGUAAUGUAAAUCUCAGUUCGGGAAGGAUUAUGCAAAUCAUGGCGGAAUUAUAUGGAAGCAAGCAGAAUGUACCUUACAGUACUAAAACCAUUAGCAAUUACAGAGCCCAACAUAGUGAAGAGCGGAAAAUCAAAGACAUCCCUGAGUUGUUGAAAUACUUUGAGAAGCUAAAAGAGGAUGAUCCUAGGUUUUAUUAUGACUACAAGCUAGAUGAUGACAAUAGGGUUGAGAACAUCUUUUGGGUUGAUGGUGCAGCCAGAGAUGUGUACAAGCUGUACAAUGAUUGCAUAUCGUUUGACACAACCUUCAUGACUAAUCAGUAUAACAUGCCUUGCGCACCAUUCAUUGGAAUCAAUAGAUAUGGUCAGUCCAUACAGCUUGGUUGUGGUUUCCUGAGGAAUGAGAAGGUUGCGAACUUUGAGUGGCUAUUCCGGACAUUCUUAGUAGCAAUGGAUGGUUUGCACCCUCUGAACAUCAUUACUGACCAGGAUGUAGCUAUGAGGACUGCAAUUGAAAUGGUGUUCCCUGACACCAUUCACCGGAACUGCAGAUGGCAUAUCAUGCAGAAGGUUCAGGAAAAAAUUGGUCCUAUGGAAGCCAAAAGAGAAGACUUGAGAAGAGAUUUCAAUGAUGUUAUUGACUAUAGUGUUACUGAAGAAGAAUUUGAAACUAGAUGGGCUGAGAUGAUCCAAAAACAUGAUGUUGUUGAUAAUGAUCAUUUCAAGGACAUCUAUGAUCUAAGGAAAUGUUUUGUUCCUGCUUAUUUCAUGAAGCGCUUUUUCCCAUUCUUGCAAACAACAGCUUGCAGUGAAGGGUUUAAUGCUGUUUUGAAGCAGUACAUAAGCCCACACGAAAGCCUACUUAAUUUCUUCAAGCAGUAUAUGAAAUUACAAGAGAAGAUUGAUUCUGCUGAGGAUGGGCAUGAUUUCAUGGGAAUGGACAAACUGGAGUUGCGGAAGAUAACAUCCUACAAUGCUAGGGAUUGUGGUGGUGGUGUGUUUGAGGUUUUCCCAGUGCAAGGUACUGUAUAUGGUUAUGGCAGAAGAACCUAUGUGGUUGACGUUGAUCUUGAAAAUCUCAUGUACAACUGCCAGUGCUGCAAGUUUUACAAGGAUGGAAUUCUUUGUUGCCACAUUAUGAAAGUAAUGUCUUACAUUGGUGAAGUGCGAGAGAUACCUGAGCACUACACUCUACCUAGGUGGUCCCUACCCCCUCCUGAUAUUGUUCCAUCCAUUGUUGAGCCAGUACAGAGAAAAACAGGGAAAAUGUCUAGAAAAGACAUGAGGUUACUACGGUAUGGAAAUCUUUGCAAUGAUUUUUCAAAACUCGCGGUUGGAUUGGCAGUUUCUGAGAAAACAAAAGAAAUAGCAGACAAGCACAUGAUUGCAAUGCGCAAAGAACUAGCUGCUUUGAAGAAAGCUAAUGCAGAUGCACUGAAGAGGAGGAAAAACAAGUCAGUUGCAACUGAAGAUAUUUCAGAUUCUUCUCCCUUUGAGGGAAGAAUGGAUGAAGAUGUUUCUCAAUCUAUAAACAAGAAAGCAAAAGACCCCCCUGUUACUGCAGCUAAAGGAAGACCAUGCAGUAAAAGGAAGAAAGGUGGACUCCAGCUAAAGAAGCCUAACCCAACUACUUGUAGUGUUUGUGGUGAAAUAGAUCAUGAUGCAAGGAAUUGUCCAGUAAGAUUGGCAAAUCCAGAGAAAAUCCCUUUUCAUCAAUUUUUCCAGUGA